AUGGCUGCUCCCACAAACAAGACCAUCGGCGACCUCAACGGCAAGUGGGUCAUGAACAAAACCCAAUCCUCCAACAUCGAGCCUGGCCUCGCGCUGCAGAACAUCGGCUGGGUGACGCGCAAGAUGGUGUCCAUGGCGACGGUGACGCUGCACGUCAAGCAGUACGUCGGCCCGCCAUCCCCGCCGUCGGACCCGGUUGGCCCCGAAGUGACACACGUCGAGAUAGAGCAGACGGGCACGGGCGGCAUGAAGGGGUCGACGGAGAAGCGGUGCCUGGACUACGCCUUCCGCGAGCACAGCGACUGGCUCUUCGGGCACGUCAAGGGCCAGAGCAAGUGGCUCGCCGCCGACGAGAUCACGGACGAGUUUCUGAAGGGCGGGUGGCUCGAGGGCGACGCCGAGAAGGGCGGCCCCAACGGCGAGACGCACCUCCUUAGCUACGUUGAGAGUCUUGACAGCGACUGGACGGCGACGCAGGUUUGGGGGUUCAAGAUCAUUGACGGCGAGCGCAAGUAUGUGCGGAACGUGGUGAUCGCCAAGGGUGAGGAGCGGGUUGAGCUGCAAUUGGUGUAUGACUGGGUCAGUGAGUGA